UGCAAUUCCCAGCUCCGAAAAAUUAUUUGGGUCGGGUUUUUGAUCCGUGUUGUUGGAGAAAGGUGAUGGAAGAAGGCCUUGUUUGCCAGUGGAGCGUGUUCAGAUCUCUUUUGGCAAUCCUUCAAUGGUGGGCUUUCAAUGUCACUGUCAUUAUCAUGAACAAGUGGAUCUUCCAGAAUUUGGAUUUCAAGUUUCCCCUGUCAGUAUCCUGUAUCCACUUUAUCUGCUCAGCCAUCGGAGGAUAUGUGGUAAUUCAUGUGCUGAAGCUUAAACCAUUGAUAUCUGUUGACCCUGGAGAUCGCUGGAGAAGAAUCUUUCCUAUGUCAUUUGUAUUCUGUAUUAACAUAGUGCUGGGGAAUGUGAGCCUACGAUACAUUCCAGUUUCUUUUAUGCAGACAAUAAAGUCAUUCACUCCUGCAACAACAGUUCUUUUGCAAUGGCUAGUGUGGAGGAAAUAUUUUGAAUGGCGUAUUUGGGCUUCUCUUAUACCUAUUGUUGGAGGGAUUCUUCUCACUUCUGUUACAGAGCUUAGUUUUAAUAUGUUCGGAUUUUUUGCUGCCUUAUUUGGCUGUUUGGCUACAUCUACAAAGACUAUCCUUGCAGAGUCUCUGUUGCAUGGAUACAAAUUUGAUAGCAUAAACACAGUUUAUUACAUGGCACCUUUUGCAACUAUGAUCUUGGCGAUACCUGCUAUGUUACUCGAAGGCAAUGGAAUACUUGAGUGGUUAAGUAAUCAUCCACAUCCUUGGUCGGCCCUGAUCAUUAUUUUCAGCUCUGGGGUUUUGGCAUUCUGCCUUAACUUCUCCAUAUUUUAUGUGAUUCACUCCACCACUGCUGUAACAUUUAAUGUUGCUGGAAACCUUAAGGUUGCAGUUGCUGUCCUUGUUUCUUGGCUGAUAUUUAGGAACCCAAUUUCAUAUUUAAAUGCUGUUGGAUGUGGCGUGACUCUAGUUGGAUGUACAUUUUAUGGUUAUGUCAGAAACAUGCUCUCUCAACAACCACAAGUUCCGGGAACUCCUCGGACACCCAGGACUCCUAGGAUGAUGGAGUUGCUUCCUCUUGUAAAUGAUAAAUUGGAUGAUAAGGUCUAAUUGUUUUAGCUGAGAAUGAGGUUUCUGCUGUUUGGAAG